AUGGGCAAAUCAUCAGUUGACUCCCAAAUUCGCGAAGGCGAAGAAGAGGAGGAAGAUACACAGACGAAGAAGAAGGAAAAAAAUAUCAGAGAUGAAGAACAAGAACAAGAGUCGAAAGCGCCGAAGCUGGUCGAACACUUUGCGAGCGCGAGAAAGCAUUUGUUGUCGAUAGACAUAGAGAAGUAUUUCGAGUUGAAUCCACCGCAUCCACCGGGUUCGCCACCGCGCAAUAGGGGGGAAGGUGUGACUGUUUUGCAUCCAGAUUCGAUUAAGAAGAUUGAAAACGUAGUGACGUUGGAAGAAACGAUGACGGUGAAACAAGCGUUGUCCGUGUUGAGAAGAUAUGGGAUAUCAUCCGCGCCUGUGGUGAACAGUAGCAGCGCGUUGUUUAUCGGGUUUCAAGACGUUCGAGACUUCAUGGUGUUGUUUUUCGAGAAAGCGCUCGUUUCGCAUUUGACUCGCCGGGAAGUUUUGCAAAGGAUGAUUGAGUUGUUGAACGAAACAGUGCGAGAGUGUCGGAGAGAUUCCCAUCCCGACGACGAUGCGAGAUUCGUAUAUCGUGGUUCGAGAAAGACGACGCUUCUUGAAAUCGUUCGAGGUGGAUUUCUGCAGCGCAUCGAUGUACGCACCCACGGCGAGGAGAUUUGUGGGAUCAAACCGACGACGCAUGGAAAACGAUUUCAAAGAGUCCAUCGCGUCGCGGUAUAUUCGUUACACUAUGACACUCUCACUAAAGAUGAAGCGAUGACAAUCGACGCUGUCAUAUCGCAAACGGAUGUCAUAGAGUUUCUGCUCGAUUGUUAUUUGGAAAAGGACGAAGACGAGGAUCCGUUCAAGAAAAUAACCGUCUCAGAAGCGUUUGCGGACUAUAUCGAAAGAAAGAAAGAGGACCUUCUCGCUUUACCGAGUUUUACAAAAGCUAUCGAUGUUUUUGCAGGUUUGACGAGACAAAAUGCAAACUGUGUCGCAAUUGUUGACGAUAAAACUGGUAUGCUGGUCGACUCAGUCGCGGCGAACGAUUUCGCGUAUUUCAUGGAGGAGUUUGACGAGAACCUCGAUCUCACAAUCGUCGAUUUCAUGCGCAAAAUCAGAACCGUGCACAUCCAGCAACAAAGCGCGGUACCGUCUGCCAUUGGCGCUCCUCAAUACGAAUCAGACACGACGACCACCACGACCUUGACGGACGAAGAGAAAGAACAAAAGCUCAAAAAAUUCAUCGUGUCAAACAACCUCGGCAAACCGAAUCUCCGCGCCGCCUUCCUGAACUCCUCCUUGCGAGAAGCCAUGGAGCUCAUGCGUCCAGCUAACGCUCUUCUCAAACGCGCUCCGUCUACCACAGAUCGUCUUUCAGACGUGCACCACGUUUUCAUCAUUGACGAUACUACCGGGAAACCUCUAUUCGAGCUCACCCCGGGUUGCGUUCUCGAGCUCGUCGUGCUCCCGGCUCGCGAGCGCGUGUUUUGGAGAGUCGAGCCGUGCGAGCUCCACUCGAUUUAUCGAAACAGAAAACUCCCGACUUUUUAA